AUGCCCAGUCUUCGAGUGGAGGAAUUCGUUUUGACGACGAACACCCAUGGAGUUGACCUCAAGGCUCCAAUGAAGAAGUACACGAGGAACACUGGCUCAGCGACUGGCUCAAAUGGUACCGGUGCGAUUCUGCUACUCGGGCAUGGAGCUGGGUUCUCCAAGGAAACUUGGGAACCCACAAUCGAAGACCUGUUCAAGCUCGACGCCGGGGCGAAAGGAGGUUAUAUCAUUCGAGAAGCUUGGGCGUUGGAUUGCCAGAACCAUGGAGAUGGUUGCAUCUUGAAUGAGGGAAUUCUUUGCAUAGACCAGAGCCUUGUCAAUAUUUGGGACUAUGGAAAUGCAUUCGCGACACUCGUGAAAUCAGGCCUCCUCGGAGCCUUCGCCCGCGAUCGAAAUCCAAUUAUCUUGUGUGGUCACUCCGCUGGCGCAGUUGGGGUGACGCUAGCCACUGAAUUUUUCAACCCACCCUCCCGACUUCCAUUCUCGCGGAUUGUCCUCAUCGAACCCGCUAUGACUAGCAAGGCCUUCGACGACAAGGAGUCAGACAUCUACCAGUUUGUCAAAUCCACCACGCCAACAAGGAAAGACAUCUGGAAGAGUGCUGACGCGGCGGCUGCAUGGUUGAAGGCUCGGCUACCCUGGGCUGCUUGGGAUGAAAGGGUGUUUGACGUCUACGUGAAACACGGUCUUCGGGCCCUCCCGACGGCGUACUACCCAGACAAAAUGUCCGGAGUGACUCUGACGACACACCGAUUGGCGGAAAAUAUAGCCUUCGAGGGCAAACAGUACGCCUCGAACGCACUCAACCGACUGAACCAAAUUUGUGUUCAUAUCCCAGUACAUCUGAUCUUUGGAGGAAAGAAUGAUCUCUUCGAGAGAGAGGCUCAGGACUCGCUCAUAGACCCCAAAGAAAGUCGAGUAUUUGCUUCUGUUACUCGUAUAGAGGGUGUAGGACACUUGGUCGUCCAAGAAGCACCGACUCAACUGGCUACCGCCGUUUUCAAUGCUCUUACCUUCAACCAAUCGCCUACGGAGUUGACAAGCAAACUGUAG